AUGCGAGCGAAUCUCAUUGCCCCCUGGCCCCUGGCGAUCGCCUCGUGCACCUUGGCCGGCCCUACCCUCGCGGGAUCACAGCCCUUCGACACGAAUGAAACCUACGAUUACAUCGUCGUCGGGUCGGGUCCUGGCGGCGCUCCUGUUGCCUCCCAACUCUCCAAAAACGGGUAUUCGGUUCUUCUCCUGGAUGCCGGUGACGACCAGCGACGCAAUCUCAACACUAGCGUUGCACUCGCUCUUGCCGAUGUUGCAGCCGAAGACGAGAAGCUGCGUUGGGAUUUCUUCGUGCGAUACCACGCAGAUGACGAGGUUCAGAAUAGUAACCGCUACUUGACUUGGGAAACCGAAGACGGGAACCACUAUGUCGGCCAAAGCCCCCCUGAGGGUGCCAGACCGCUGGGUAUAUACUACCCACGGUCGGGAACGCUGGGCGGAUGCUCUGCUCAUAAUGCUGGUGCCGCAAUCGUUCCUCAGGAUAGCUUUUGGGACUACAUCGCCAACAUCACUAGUGAUGCUUCCUGGGGACACGAAAAUAUGCGUCAGUAUUUCGUCCGCUUGGAAAACAACACCUACCUCCCUCCCGGAACACCGGGUCACGGGUUUGACGGUUGGCUCGCCACCUCGACUCCCAACCCCGAAAUGGCGUGGGCAAACCGAACCGCCGAGUUAUCCAUCCUCGGCGAGUUGGCCGCCACUCUGGGACAUGGCAGCGACCAGGCGCACCUCUUCGAACGAAUGCGAACAGACGCCAACUCGGCGAGCCCAGACCGAGACCAGCAACAGGGCCUCUUCAACUUCCCCUUCCACCACACACCCUUGGGUCACCGGACCAAUGCCAAUGACCUCUUGGAGGCCACACUUGCGGAGCGUAAGACGGACGGAUCUCCAGCGAAUCCGCUCACGAUCCAACUCGAGUCCCUGGUUACCCGUGUUCUAUUCUCGCACGACAACGACCGGACCAGCGGAGGAGCCAACUCUGGUAGCCAGCCCCGAGCAAUAGGCGUCGAAUACCUCCGCGGCAAGUCCCUCUACCGCGCCGACCCUCGCUCCUCGGCAGGAAAGGCCACCACCAACCCGACAACGCACAAAGUCUUCGCCCGCCGCGAAGUGAUCCUAUCCGGAGGCGUCUUCAACACCCCGCAGCUCCUCAAACUGAGCGGUAUCGGGCCCCGCGAAGAACUCGACUCCUUCGGUAUCCCAGUCCUCGUGGACCUUCCCGGCGUAGGCGCCCGCCUGCAGGACGACUACGAAAUCAGCCUCGCCGCGACCGCCUCGGUCGACCUGGGGCCGGCAUCCCCGGCGCCGGUCCAAUGCACCCUCGGCGUGGGCGACGAUCCAUGCAUCGACCUGUGGCGGCAGGGCCGGGGGCCGUACGCCAUCCCCGGCCCGCCGCACGCCACCCAUCUCCGGACUUCCGUCUCCCGGGACGGCGAGAGAGACCUGGUGUUGUGGAACCCGCCGGACGUGUUCCGGGGCUUCUUCCCGGGCUAUUCUCGACCGCAGGGAGACCCGCCGAGCACGUUUACCUUUGCCAUGGCGCAUACGCAGGGACGCAACCACCGUGGCGGGACGGUGAAGCUGCGAUCGGCCAAUCCGAGGGAUGUGCCCGAGAUAUUCUUUGACUUCUGGGCCGAGAAUGCCGACGUGGAUCUGCAGGCUCUGUAUGAGGGCGUUGAGUUUGGAAGGGGGGUUUUGAGGGGGGUGGAAACUCCCGUUGGGCCGUUUACGGAAUUCCAGCCUUGCGUUGGCGAGAUUGGGACGAACUGCACCGAGAAAGCUACCAAGGAGUUUAUAAGAAGGCAGGUCUACUCGCAUCAUGCUUCGUCGUCGGCGGCUAUUGGUGCCGAUGAUGAUCCGUUUGCGGUUCUAGAUCCCAGGUUUCGGGUUCGGGGGGUGAGGAACCUGAGAGUGGUAGAUGGGAGUGCGCUACCCAGAGUGCCGAGUCCGUUUCCUAUUGUUGGCCAGUUCAUGGCGAGUUAUAAGGCGGCUGAGGCGAUCUUGGAGGAUGCUGCUACUAGGAGGGAUUAG